CAUAUUAUCCCGGCGAAUUAUCCCUCCUCCUGCCAACCACUGAUAGAUUGUUAUACAGAGUGCAGUACGUGUCUCUCGUAUAGCACUACCGUAAGUCCUGAUGAUGGAGGCCCAGGCUCGGUGUAUGUUUUGGUGCUUUGCUUUAUCGCUCUGCCUGCUACUGCAGAUAUCGUCUGUGACAGUCCAGGCCUCAGAGGAUAAGGAACAGCAUCAGUCUCGGACCAGCCGAUCUAGCCAAGACGGGGAAUGCCACUUCUACGCGGGUGGGCAGGUUUACCCAGGCGAGGCCACCCGAGUACCCGUGUCCGACCAUUCCCUGCACCUUAGCAAGGCUAAAAUUUCAAAGACUGCCCCAUACUUUGAAGGAACAGCUGUGAUAAACGGCGAAUUCAAAGAACUCAAGUUAACUGAUUACAAAGGAAAAUACUUGGUGUUUUUCUUUUAUCCUUUGGACUUCACAUUUGUAUGUCCGACGGAAAUAAUUGCUUUUGGCGACCGGAUUGAAGAAUUUAGAUCUAUAAACACUGAAGUUGUAGCCUGCUCUGUGGAUUCACAGUUUACACAUCUGGCAUGGAUAAAUACACCCCGAAAACAAGGAGGGCUUGGACCAAUGAAAAUUCCUUUACUAUCUGAUUUGACACAUCAAAUUUCAAAAGAUUAUGGUGUAUAUUUAGAGGAUCAAGGCCACACUCUCAGAGGUCUCUUUAUUAUUGAUGACAAGGGAGUCCUUCGUCAGAUUACAAUGAAUGAUCUUCCUGUCGGACGAUCUGUAGAUGAGACUCUGCGGCUUGUUCAAGCAUUCCAGUACACAGACAAACAUGGCGAAGUUUGCCCUGCUGGUUGGAAACCUGGUAGUGAAACAAUAAUCCCUGACCCAGCUGGGAAACUGAAAUAUUUUGAUAAGCAACACUGAUGUUGGUGUUAAUUGAUCAGUACUUGUUUAACUGGUUUAUUGAUUACAUUAAAAUUCUAUGAAUUUUGUUAUUCUUA